GUCUUCAAGCCAAUAGCUGAGAAGUUUGGUUUGAUUUUAGACUGUGACAUAAAAAGGAGGGGCUACUAUCCUAAAGGGGGUGGUGAAGUGGUUGUCCGAAUGUCUCCGGUUAAGCAGCUAAACCCAAUCAAUUUAACUGACCGUGGUACAGUGACCAAGAUACAUGGAAGAGCCUUUGUAGCUGGGGCUUUGCCAAUCAAAGUAGCCAAAGAGAUGGCUUCUGCUGCAGUGAAAUGCAUCAGGAAAGAGAUCCGGGAUCUUUAUGUCAAUAUUCAGACUGUUAGAGAGCCGGAUAAUGAGGCCUUUGGAACAGGGUCGGGAAUUAUAAUUGUUGCAGAGACAUCCACUGGCUGCUUGCUGGCAGGAUCAUCCCUUGGUAAAAGAGGUAAAAAUGCAGACAAAGUUGGAAUUGAAGCAGCAGAGAUGUUGCUGGGAAACCUUCGGCAUGGAGGUGCUGUGGAUGAUUAUCUGCAGGACCAAUUGAUCAUUUUCAUGGCUUUAGCAAAUGGGAAAUCGAGAAUAAAAACUGGACCAAUUACACUGCACACAGAAACUGCGAUACAUUUUGCAGAACUGCUGACAAAAGCUAAGUUUACAGUGGCAAAAUCAGAAGACGAAGAGUCUUCCAAGGAGGCCCAUAUUAUUGAGUGCCAAGGAAUUGGAUUGCUAAAUACAAAUCUCUAGUUAUUACUCUUGGUGGAAUAGUGUAAUGUUUAUUUUGAUUUGUUUUUCUUUAAAUAUCUGCAUAAAUGUAUUGCAUUUUGUUCACUGGAAUGUUUGAAUAAAGUGCUUCCUUAAAUUCCCUUUGUUAUUAAAUUAAUAAUAAAUGUACUUCUUUAUUGGGCUUAUAUCUUGCCUCAGCCCAAAAACUAUUAGUGGCUUAUGUGAUAGGAAUGG